AUGUGGCCACCCCCAGAUGUGCACUCCCCUGGCACGCCCUCACCCAUCUGCGCCCACCCACUCAGCCCUGGGCUCACCCAGAUGUGGGCGCUCCCCUGCUGCACCCCCACCCAGGACCCGUGUGCCUGCCCGGGACCCCCGGGGUACGGCUGGGGGGUCCUUCCUCUGCCGCGUCGGCACCUCUCUGCACCUACUGCUUCGGUGUUUGGGCAGGAAAAUGGCUCCGCUCCUUUUAUUUUGCUUUUGGGAUGGGCUCUGACCAACGGGCGCCGCUGCCUUGGUGCUAUCAGAGUUCUGGCGCUGGCAGUGCCCAGCUUUGCCUGCCUCAGGGCAGCUCUGUGUGGUGUCCUGCUGGCCAGAGCCUCUGCCCAGCCUCACCCUCUUCCUCCUCCUCCUCCACAGUUUGAUGCUGAAUUUCGCCGCUUUGCCAUGAAACGCUCCAGCACGGGCAGCUUCCAGGACUUCUACCGCCUGCUGCAGACAGUGCACCAGAUCCCACGGGUGGACGUGCUCUUGGGCUACACGGACGUCCAUGGCGACCUCCUGCCCAUUAACAACGACGACAACUACCACAAAGCCCUGUCCUCCGCCAACCCCCUCCUCAGGGUCAUCAUCCAGAAGAAGGCAGAGUCUGAUGCCAGCGUCUUCGCUUCGAACUCCUUGCAGCGGAAGAAGAAGGGGCUGCUGCGCCCCACGCACUACCGGGCCAAGCCUCACCUCCUCAUCGGCAUGCCCCAGGACUUCCGCCAGAUCUCCUCCAUCAUCGAUGUGGACAUCCUGCCUGAGACCCACCGCCGCGUGCGGCUCCACAAGCACGGCUCUGACAAGCCGCUGGGGUUCUACAUCCGCGAUGGUGUCAGCGUACGCGUGGCCCCACAGGGGGUCGAGAAAGUGCCCGGCAUCUUCAUCUCCCGCCUGGUGAAGGGCGGCUUGGCCGAGAGCACAGGGCUGCUGGCUGUGAGCGAUGAGAUCCUGGAGGUCAACGGCAUUGAUGUGGCCGGCAAGUCCCUGGACCAGGUGACGGACAUGAUGGUGGCCAACAGCCACAACCUCAUCAUCACCGUUAAGCCGGCCAACCAGCGCAACAACGUCAUCCGCAGCAGCAAGGCCUCGGGCAGCUCAGGCAUGUCCACAGACAGCACCCCCAGCCAGCAGACCCCCAGCCCAGCCUCGCAGUACCUGAGCAACUACAGCACGGCCGAGAGCGACGAGGAGGGUGACUUGGUCAUCGAGAGCGACAGUGCGCCCCACUACAUCCCCGGGGGCUGCCCCAACGGGGGCCCCGCCGACGGACCCCUCCAGCGGAGCUUGUCCCCGCACAGCUCACGGGGCUCCCUGCAGUCCCUUGGCAGCCACGACGGCAGCCCCGGCCGGGGCAGUGGGCGGGAGGACGGCACCCUCAUCACCCUAUAGCCACGGGGUCCUGCACCGCCCUUGGUGGCCAGCUGGCCUUCCACGUGGCCAGGCUGGCUGCGGGCACCGGGGCGAUGACAGGGCCAGUGGGCAGGGGUGGGGCAGGGCAGAGCUGGGUAACCUGCUUCCCUCUUCUGCCACCCACAUCCCCGGGAGCCCUGCGGUGGUGCCCGCUCCUGGCAGGCACUGUCCCUCCGAGUCCCCUUGCCUCCCACCCCCCUCCUUCCAAGCAAGUGGGGUUUUUUAAUUGUUUUCUCGAAAUAUGCAUCAUCAAUUAAUAUAUUGCAACGGACAGUAAAACCUUUUC